AUGGAAUGGGAGGAUUUUAUUGAGCAGCUAUUGAUGCAGCUACCGGGAGGUCAGGCAGGAGGCAAUUCCGAGCCGUGGGAAGCACCGGAACCUGGUGAGGAACCAGAGCCCACCUUGGAACCCAAUUUUUUGGAUCCGAACUCCACACUGUACAAAAUGCUGACAAACGACACAAUGGGAGUUUCAUUAGAGCAGCUCGCCGAGCUCGAGGAAUUACCUCCGCUCCCUGUUACGGAAGCGCCUAUAACUCAAGACCCUGUUACUCUUGCCACCCUAAAUGAUACCCUGGCGCUGCAAUCUUCCGUCGAAAGUAAUUCCACUUUAGAUAACACUACUGAAACAACUGCUUUGGUAUCAUUUGACUCGACAAUCAAGUCGAUACUCUCCUCCAUAAAGGAUACUUUGGUGGGUUCUGUAGAAACUACCACCAGCAGACCUUCAAAUCGGAUAUACGGAACAACCCCAAGUCCAAGGCAGAAUCCAAACCCUCUUGGAAGAACCAAGGUUGACGUGAAACCCCCGUCCUACCAGGGAUCGCUGACGUUUCACUUUGCAAACACGGUCAAUCAUACGGUGAUUUCUAACAGCUCAGCAGCAAACGUUGGGCAGAUCGGCACAUCGGGUGGUGCACAAGUACAAGUUCCCCGGCUGAACGGCAAGUCGUCUGUCCGAACACCGAUACCAACAGCAAACGUUGGACAGAUCGGCACAUCGGGUGGUGCGCAAGUACAAGUUCCCCGGUUGAACGGCAAGACGUCUGUCCGAACACCGAUACCAACAGCAAACGUUGGGCAGAUCGGCACAUCGGGUGGUGCCCAAGUACAAGUUCCCCGGCUGAACGGCAAGACGUCUGUCCCAACACCGACACCAACACCGGUACAGAGGCAGAUUGACGGUACGCAGGCUCCUAGUCGUAUUUCGAAACUGAAGACCACUGCUAUGCCAUCUGCGAAAAGCAUUCACCCCUCAACAUCGGGAGAAGUGCCUACAUUUAUAGAUGCCCCCUUGGUUGGUAGUCAGUCAGAUGGAAUAACGCCGGCCCCAAAAGGAAUUCACACGAAUAUACCUAAGGUUGUUCAGACAAAACCAGUUAUCGCCAUCAGAGCCAAGCCUACAUCAACAAGUCCACAGUCUGCUAAGGUAAAUGCAGCAAUGGCAAGUCCCGUAGGUUUGCAAAGAAAAACCACAGAUAAGUCUACCCCGAAAGCAAGUACUACAACCCCAAGUCUAUUGAGCAUACAAGCAAAAAUCACCGUAAACAACACUCAGAGAGUAAAAACUACAAGAGGAAGUCCAUCGAGUAUAAAAGCAAAAACCAUCGUAAAAACUUCUCAGAAAUCUACUACUACAACACAGAGUCCAUUGAGUACGCAACGAAAAUCCACUGAAAGGACAACUCAGAAGCCUACAAUACGACCCACGACACUGCACCCAUUACUUCGACAAGCAAUAAAUAACAACAACCCACUGGCCUGGUGGACCAACAGAAACAAACAGGCCGUAGACAACAUGAGGAAUUCAACCCCGUCCCGACUGGCCCCAUCCGGUACCUCAUCACGAGUUUCGCGAAAUCGACCACCCAACACAUGGCAGUCUAACAUCAAAAGGCCAGUCUCUAGAAUUCAAGCCGACACUAGGUCCUGGUGGUCAAACUGGCGUGCUCGGGGAGGUGGGAACGCGCAGUCGUCUCCUAUCUCGCCCACCAUAGUUACAACAGGGAUUCAGACCCCCAGCGGCGUGUCAACUCUACAAAACCAGUUACGAGGACGAAUUGGAACAUCGGGUGUAAACAACAGUCCGUUGUCGUCAGGGACUAGCGGUAGGAUUUUAAGACAAAACCCUAUUCGCAAUGACUUUAAUAUCAGACGGAGAACUGGAACAAUAAGUAACGUAGUUUACGUUGGCCCCGACAAGACGGCUGAAAUAGCCAUGGCUCGGGCUUCCUCCGGCAAAAUCCGAAGCCACGGGUCAAUUUCACUCUUUGGAAUGAUACCGCAGCCCCUUAAGAAAACAACCAAAACAAGCGCAACAACAACAACAGGAACAGCAGCAGUAGAAGUAACAACAACAACAGCAACCACAGAGCGUGCUACUGUUACCGCGGUUCUAGGAAGGGCUGAGAUAGCCGUGGACGUUGGAAGCAAUGUUUUGUCCAUAGCAACAAACACCACUAAGAAAUCAACGACAGCGGCUCCUACGAGACUUGCAACCAGCCCUCCUUCCGGCGUAAGCAACGUUACCGAAAUUCUAGCUACCGAUCCUACGCCAGCCGUAAGCCGUUCUAUGACGUCAUCAACUUCCAAACCCACACAAAACUCUGCAACCGUAGCCUCUGCUAAAACAGCAACGGGAACUCUCGACCCACAGACGACCCCUCUGCCCUUGGCCGCACUACCUGCUGCUCUCCACCAGAUCAAUCAGGGCACGCCGGCGCCAGAUAACGCGUUGCCGGGGAGGAAAUGGGCAACAAAGUAA